AUGUUUUUUGAUCAAAAUUCUUAUCCAAUAUAUAAAUAAUGCAUAGAUGGAAGGCAUUUUUUGGUUUACCCUAUUUAUUUUAUUCAAAAAGUAAAUCGAUAAGAGAGCAGUGUAAAUUAAGAAUUAAAACUUGAAGAGCCUGAGCAUAAGAUAGAAACUAAAAUAGAGAAUAAAGAGCAUAAAAAUUAUGAUCCUAUGGAUUUUAAUACUUAUAUGUUUCCAGGACAAUCAAAAAAUUAUUACAAGAACAUAGGAAAUUAGUUUGCUUCAUUCAUAAUAAAUUAUUUCGAUAAAACAGAAAUUCUAAAGGACCCAAAGAUAUCAAAAUUCUUAAAAAUAAAAAAACAAAAAUAUACAAAGAUGCAUUUUUAAUAAUUAAUGAAGUCAAAAAAAGCAAGAUAAUUAAUCAAAAUUUACUUUGGGAAUUACCUAUGGUGUUCUAGUAUUCUUAAAAGAAUGAAAUCAGAUGUAGAAUUUUACUUAAGUUUGAAUUAACAGAUAUUUAGGAGAAAACCAAAAUAAAAGAUAAAAACAGAGUUUAAUAAAUUUCCAGGAGAGAAUUGA